CGAGAGUCGGAUCCCAAACAGCGGCAGGCGGCUUGGUCGUGGCCGAUCUCACCUUACAGCCGACACCAGACCUUGGGGGCACGGGUGGGAAGCUGAGCCUUGAGGGCUGGAAGCAUGCCGAGCGGAUUCCUGACCCCUUCCUUCCUCAAGGUCUGCGGAAAAGAGCUGGUCCCCAGUUUCCCCUAAGUAGCUCCGCGAAGGGGAGGGCUGCCCAGAAGGAUGGGGUUUGCCGCUCUUUAAAGCGAGGAUCUUGGGCGCCGCACCGUGUUGUACAAUUGGCUUCUUUGAGUCAUGCGCCAGAAUGUAUGGCUUCAUAAAUACAUGCCUGAAGUCUCUGGUGGUUGAAAAGUAUGGCGAAGAGAUAUGGGAAAAACUAAGAGUUCAAACUGGAGUAGAGGAUACCUUUUUGACUUUUGAAGUUUACAGAGAUGAUAUCACAAUGCAACUCAUUGACAAGGCAUGCAAAAUUCUGGAUGUUCCCCCAGAUAUGGUCCUGAAGCAGUUUGGAGAAUAUUUCUUUGAAUUCUGUAAGCGGUCAGGUUAUGACCAUAUGCUGAGAACUCUGGGAGGAAAUCUCUAUGAAUUUAUAGAGAAUUUGGAUGCCUUGCAUAGUUACCUGAGUCUAUCUUACCAGAAAAUGAAUGCCCCCUCAUUUAGGGUGGAAAAGAAUGGAGACGGGUCAAUGCAUUUGCAUUAUUAUUCAGACAGACGAGGCUUGUGUCACAUUGUUCCAGGCAUAAUUGGUGCAGCGGCCUUGGAUUUUUUCAACAUUGAAAUUUCCAUGGAAAUAGUAAACCAAACAGAAGAAGAAGAAAGAACUGGAAAAAAGGAACAUAUUGUUUUCCUAGUAACACAAAAACCUGUGUUUUCAUACAAAAGGAGAAAUAGGUUCUCUACCUCUCCACAAUAUCUUUCAAGUUCAGGAACCCAGGUGGAGAAACAACUAAAUAAAGAGGAUCUUGAUCGAGCCAUGAAUAAAAUCAGAGAUAAAACAAAUCUCCUUUCUCCCUGUCCUAUGAAGAAAAGUCACUGGGAAACAAUCCGAGGAAUUGUAACAAUAGGAAAAGGACGGCUUCUAAGAGCAUUUGAUCCUGUCUACCCUAAGAACCUCUGGAUAGAUCCAAAGACAUUCUGCAACGGGCUUCCUUUCCAUAUUGUUUUUGAUGAAGAGCUGAAAGUAAAGCAGGCUGGAGUCAGCAUUCAAAAGAUUGUUCCUGGCCUUCAAACUAUGGGCAUUCGUCUUAAUCAGUACUUCAGUAUUGUGCGCCCUGAAGUGAAAUUCACCAUCUCCAGUGUUCAGAAAUUUAUCAACAGCCAAUUUGUUUUCCGAACUAAGAGAGAGAUGAUGCCAGAAUCCUGGAAGCAGCGUCCAAUGUUAGAGCUGAGAGGACAGAUGAUCUGGAUGGAGUCUGUCCAGUGUAUGCUGUACCUCUGCUCCCCUCUCCUACGCACAUUGCAUGAGCUGGAAGAGCGGCACAUGCACAUUGCGGACAUUGCUCCCCAUGAUGUCACCAGAGAUCUGAUCCUUCUCAAUCAACAGCGACUGGCUGAGAUGGAGCUGUCCAGUCAACUUGAGAGGAAGAAAGAGGAACUGAGGAUCCUGUCAAAGCAUCUGGAGGAAGAGAAAAAGAAAACGGAAGCCCUUCUCUAUGCCAUGCUCCCUAAGCAUGUGGCCAACCAGCUCAAAGAAGGGAAACGAGUCGAGGCAGGAGAGUUCAAAGAAUGCACAAUAUUAUUUAGUGAUGUUGUAACUUUCACCAACAUUUGUGCCCAGUGUGAACCUAUUCAGAUAGUCCUCAUGUUAAAUGAAAUGUAUCUACGAUUCGACAGGCUGACCACCGUGCAUGAUGUCUAUAAGGUGGAGACUAUAGGAGAUGCCUACAUGGUGGUUGGGGGUGUCCCUGUGCCUGUAUCAACACAUGCUGAAAGGGUUGCCAACUUUGCUCUAGGAAUGAUCAUAGCAGCCAAAGACAUCAAGAAUCCAAUUUCUGGAAGCCCCAUUCAAAUCAGAGUUGGGAUCCACACUGGGCCUGUCCUUGCUGGUGUUGUUGGAGAAAAAAUGCCACGCUAUUGCUUAUUUGGAGACACUGUAAAUAUAGCAUCCCGAAUGGAGAGCCAUGGAGUCCCUAACAAAAUUCACCUGAGUGCCAAUGUUCACCAGUGCUUAAAGGACAAGAACUUUGAGAUGAUGGAAAGAGGAGAAAUUGAUGUGAAGGGCAAAGGAAAAAUGCAUACUUACUUCCUGGUUCAAAAUUCAACUGCAACAGAGAAUGAAAUUAUGGGGAGGCCAGUCAGGGAACCUGACCUCAGCCAUGAAUCUGCUCAACUGAUUCAGGAAUGCAGAGCUGACGAAUUUCAGAAGUUGUAUCCACAAGAUAUACAGCCAAAUUCAAAUGAAGAAUCGCUUCCUAUCAUAGCGAUGAAAUAUGCAGAUAGUUCUACAGAAGCACAUACCAACAUUAAAGAAAAGAAUGAAACAAGAACAAAGGAUUUAGCAGUCAGAGCACUUGAUGCUGAAUCCUAUGCAAGUCUUCAAGGUGACCAGCUGUCAAACCAAGAGCCCCAUCCUCAUCAUAUGCAAGGAAGAAGCAAACCAGCAGCAGAAACACCACGGAUCAGGAACAUCAGAUCCAAUUUCUGCACUAUGCUUUAAACAGCUCUUGAAUUUUCAAACUGAAGGGUGGAAGUGUGUUCUGUGAUGUUGUAUUUUGCUGUUGCUCUCUUGGGGUCUUGACUUUGUGUACAAGUAGUACAGCAUGUGCUCCUGAUAUUGAAAUAUUUUGAAAUCACUGGUAGCAAUAAUGAAAGAAAGGCUGGCAUUUUGACCAUCAGUCUUGACUCAUCUUAUGUGUAUGAACUUGAGACAUCUAGUAAUGUGUGAGAGAAGGAGGUUUGUCCUCCACACAUCAGCAUUUUUAAAAAAGGUUGGUCGUCUUAUCCCAAAGUGUGUUGUGUCGACAUUUCAGGAAAGCGUGAUUGGAUGCAAUCAGGACAACUGUGCAUAUGAGCUUGGCUAAGGUUUGUCCGGGACCACCGGCCUCCAGAUUCUGACCCUUCUCCGUGACUAGUGGAGAAAAUAUUUCAGUCAGAAGCCCUUGGUUUUUGUUUUUGUUUUUGCUGAUGUAACCAGGGGCUAUGUUAAGAUUACUCUUUUUCUGAUGUUUUUCUAUAUUUCCGUACCUUCUCAUACAGGCUGCAAAAUGGCCGUUGGAUAAUUCCCAGGUACGGCUCCCAAAUAGCAACUGGUUGGCCAAAGGGUGAGUAGAUGUGCCUGCCAUCCAGAUAGCCACUAUUUUCUUCCCAAACAUCCACAUUAGGAUGGAUCAACUUUAUGAUUCACCAACUUCAAUUAGGAUCUUGUUCUCAGUGUAGAUCAGCAAUGUGUCAAUAGUUUCCUUUCUUAUACUUUUAUACCGAAAGAAACAAAAUACAGGGCCUAUGUUUAUUGUGUUUCAGGAAGAAAAGCAGUGUGGGAAAUAAAGAGUCAAUAGUUUCCAUCUCCUCCUAAGUCCUCCAAUAAGACUCGAACCACCUACUGCAAUUUUGUAUGAUAAUGGAAACAGGUGUUGAGAUGGAAAUAGAACUACAAAUAACCGUGGUUCAUCUUGAAGGUGAAUAGAUUGUUUGCAUCCACAGCUGUUUGACAACUUAGUUUUAACCAAUGACAGUAAAAGUCAUGGAAGAUCAGCAGCCCUACCUAUAAUGUGUAGAUGACUGGAUGGGAUUAGUGUAGAUCCCAACAAGUUUCAGUAUAUACAGGUAUGGUCUUCUUAUCUGUAUGAAUGUCACUGUGAAUGCACCUUCAUGGUGUAUGUAUCAUUUAUAUUUGGGCAAUAAAUGUUUUUUAUGAAAUUG